CAAAACGUAUCAAUUAAUAAACAAUUACGAUUUCAAAAACAUUCGAAGAAUCCAGAACGCGCGUGCAUAUGCAACACGUGUUAAAAUAUUCGCAGAUUCAAAACGCGUGGGGCGAAAAAAAAUUAUCGAGAAAGCACUAAGCUCUACGCUGAAAUUCGAGUUCUAGAUCGGCCAAAGCUGGCUUUAAAGACAUCGAAGGCGCCUCGACGUACAAAAUUGGUUGCAGACUGCAGUCCGCAUGAAGUUCGUCCGCUCGACGAUAUUUUGUUCGCGUGACGUUCAGCGAGUCGGCGAGAUAAACGCGGCGAGACGUAAUGAUCGUAAUCGCACGACGCGACAUCACAAAGGCACUGUCCUCGAGAUAAAAUCGUGCGCGAAGACGCGGAAGCGGCGCGGUAGGUCACUCGACAGGGGGUGGUGGGUCAUGUACGCUACCGUGAGCGGAAGCGCAUCCACGUGCCGCUUCUGGCCGCGCGGACUCGCGCGCAUUAUUCGCGGCUCGAGGCUGUCGACGCCGGCCGGGAAGACUCCAACCGAGGUGGACAAGGUGUUGGCGGCGGAGGUCGCGGGCAUCGCGGCGUGCAAAGCGCCUGUGAAAGAGGCAAAGGCCGAGCCGAGGCUGCAGACUGUGCGCGUGUAUCGAUGGAAUCCGGAAACGCCGAAAGUGAAGCCGUACAUGCAGCAGUUCAGCGUGGAUCUGAACAAGUGCGGCACGAUGGUGCUGGACGUGUUGACGUUUAUCAAGGCGCGGCACGACCCGACGUUGUCCUUCCGGCGGUCCUGCCGCGAGGGCAUAUGCGGAUGCUGCGCGAUGAACAUAGACGGCGUAAACACCCUGGCCUGCAUAACAAAGGCGAAAGAAUCUCCGCGGCCGCUGGUGAUCUACCCUCUACCGCACGCGUACGUGAUUCGAGACUUGAUACCAGAUAUGGAGCAGUUUCUUGGGCAAUUCCAAAAAAUCGAACCGUAUCUAAAGCGACCGGGUGAGGACGACUUCCUCGGUAUGCGGCAGCUUUUGCAAAGCCCAAGGGACAGGAGCAAGCUCGACGGCUUGUACGAGUGCAUAAUGUGCGCAUGUUGCACGUACUCGUGCCCUCCUUACUGGUGGCUCGGCGACAAGUACUUGGGUCCCGCGGUGCUCCUGCAGGCGUACAGGUGGGUGAUAGACUCGCGGGACAUGGCACACAAAGAGAGGCUGGCAAAGCUGCGGGACUUUUAUUCGGUUUAUCGAUGCCACACGAUCUUCAACUGCACCAAGACAUGCCCAAAGGGUUUGAAUCCGGGAAAAGCUAUAGCGCAGCUGAAACGUUUGCUGGCCGGACUUGCGAAGAAAGAGAAGCCAGACCUCGACACGACGCUUCCGAAUCCCUGCCACGGCGAAGAGCAAUAUUCGUGCAGAAAGGAAUAAAAAAAAAGUAGGACAAUACAGUUCGCGAAACGUUCAUCUUUAUUGUAUAGUGUCCAUCACUCGGAAUAAAGAAUUUUGCAUAAUUGAA